AUGAAGUCACUCUUUGCCUUGCUCUCAUGCGCCACCACGGCUUUGGCGGCUAGCCGUACCUCGCCCCCCUCGGGAUGCAUCAGUGCCGGCUCUGGUGGUACUUACAGCACCAUUCAAGCGGCCGUCAACUCACUGUCGACCACAUCGACAUCAGCCCAGUGCAUCUUCAUCUAUCCCGGAACUUACAAGGAGCAAGUCCUGGUCUCUGCCCGUAGCGCCCAGCUGACCAUCUACGGAUCGACGACGGACACGACCGGCUAUGCUGCCAAUUCAGUCACAAUCACCGGCUCGAAGAGCCAGGCUGACGGUCUGAGCAAUGACGAAACAGCCACGCUCCGAGUCAAGGCUGCCAACUUCAAGCUGUACAAUGUCAAUGUCGCGAACACUUAUGGCAAGGGCAGCCAGGCUGUCGCGCUGUCCGCAUAUGCGAACUCGGGCUACUACGGCAAUGCCUUCACCGGAUACCAGGACACCCUGCUCGCAAACACAGGGACGCAGCUGUAUGCCGGUAACCUAAUCCAAGGCGCGACUGAUUUCAUCUUCGGACAAAAUGCUGCUGCCUGGUUCGAAAACAACGACAUCAGGGUGGUGUCGGCUAGCCUGGGUUAUAUCACUGCCAAUGGCCGGUCCUCCUCAAGUGGCACAUCCUACUACGUCUUCAACAACUGCGACGUUGCCGCCGCAUCUGGCAACAGCGUGAGCAGCGGCGCAUACUACCUCGGAAGGCCGUGGGGGGAGUACGCACGGGUGGUAUUCCAGAAAACCUCGAUGAGCGCCGUCAUCAACAGCGCUGGCUGGCGAAUUUGGAAUACUGGUGAUGAACGUACCGGUCAUGUUCUGUUUGGUGAAUAUGGGAACACGGGGGCUGGAGCAUCUGGAACUAGAGCUAGUUUCGCGACCAAACUAAGUUCCCCGGUGGCCAUCACGACGAUCCUUGGCAGCAGCUACGCUUCUGCGGGUUACUAUGACGCGGCCUAUAUGUGA